AACUUCUGUUUGGCUUAAAUUAGAUAUAGUUGCAAAUUCAUUUACCGCUUUUGUGAAAAUAGUUAACUGAGCUUUAAUUACACCUCUUUUCUUUAUUAGUUUGCCAAGUUCUGCCAUUUUAUAUUGUCAAAUUGUUCAAGCACAAACAGAGAAGCUUUGAAAUCGCAAAUGGAAAGAAAAAUUCGGAAAUAAAUAAUUUGGAACAAACUCACUCUGAUUUCGGUCGAACUGCCUGAUUCUUGCAAUUGAACUAGUCGGCCAGUUGAGUUGAUGUUUGGUCGCCGUGAUAUUGUAUCGACUACUUGUUUGGUCGAUCACUUUGCACUCGUUGAUAGUUGCUUGCAGCACGUGGUAAAUUGUUUUUGGGUUAUAGUUGUUAAUAAUAUAUUGUUUAUUGCGAAUUUUCACUGGUUUUGUUUAUAAUCCGCUCGUAAGGACCAUGUUUUGUAUUAUAGUUAUUAUUAACACGUUCACAUUAACAUUUAUUUGUAAGAAAAUUUUUUACAUUGCUUUAACAACAGAACUUAUUAUCUAUCUCAUUUCUUCCAUUCGCUCAGUAGUCGGUUGGUCGGACAGCGUUGCCAGUUUUCAUGAGUUUUGAAUUAAUUCUGGCGUGAACAGAUAUUAAAGGUAAACUUUUAUAAUUUUUUAUUUUUAGCGUUACAUGAAGUUUUAAUUGAUAAUUAUUAAAUUUGUGAAUUAAUGACUAUUAAAAAUAAAAAAAGACUAUUAUCAAAUAUCGAUAGCUACGUUGCAAAAUCCUGUAAGUGCAAAAACUAAAAAUGUUCAGGAGGCGAAUAAAACUGCAUAUGUUUUAUUUUAUGUUCUAUUUUUAUUGCAAGCUUAAGACAAAGAUGGAAUGUUUUGAGUAAAAUUUUUGGUCAUUUUUGAUCACCAAUCAACCCUAAAAAAUUAUUUUGUGAGAUUUUUACUCGAUAUACUAUUGUUGGUAUAACAACUAUAUUAUAUAAAAAUAUCUCCAACUAUUUCUGAGUUGGUUUUCGGGCUAAAAAGCUCCUUUCGAAAACCGUUUUCAGGUAUUUGAAUUUAAAAAAAAACGAGACACUAUCUUGAAAAGAUAUAUUUAUAAUAAGAAAACGAUAUAUUUGUUUUGAUUCAAGGUUGCUCAAAGUCAAGAAGUGAUAACCUAUUGAUCUGAUAUGCAUAUCUUUAGGUAUCUGCCUUAAACUUUUAAAUAUUUUUAUUUAAUUGUUCAAUUUUGUUUUAAAAUAAUGUUUAAGAAGAUUACAACUGAAUUUAAUUAUGUUAAGCGACAAUUUUCAUCAGUUAAAAGUAAAAUUGGUAUAAUAGGAGUACCUUUUGGUAAAGGCGCCUCUAAAACAGGAGCCAAUAAUGGACCUGAAGCGAUAAGGACUGGAGGUUUAAUUGAACAACUUUCUGGAUUUUAUGACAAAUCCCUGAUACACGAUUAUGGAAAUAUAGCAUACAAGGUUCUCGAAAGGCAUAAAUCAAUUCCAAAUAUGAAAGAAUACAAUGAAAUGGUAUCUUGUAAUGAAGAAGUUUCUAGAAAAGUGGAAGAAUUGCUACGAGAUGGUCAUAUCUGCUUAACACUAGGAGGAGAUCAUUCAAUCGCGGUAGGUACAGUAGAUGGACACGUCAAAGCCAAAAAAGAUAUUUGCAUUUUAUGGAUAGACGCGCAUGCAGAUUUAAAUACAAACAAAACAUCAGACAGUGGAAACAUUCACGGCAUGCCUUUGGCUAUUCUAGCGUCAGAAUUAUCCGACUACUGGCCUUACUUACCAGGUAUGGAUUGGCAGAAACCAGUAAUAUCUCUUAGAAAUUUAGCUUAUAUAGGAUUAAGAUCGGUCGAUCCAUAUGAGAGAAUGGUCAUAGAUAAACUUGGUAUCACUGCUUUUGGUAUGGCCGACGUCGAAGAGCACGGAAUACAUUCUGUGGUUGAAAUGGCUUUGAGAGCCAUUGAUCCCGAUAAAACUAGAUCAAUACAUGUUAGUUUUGAUAUCGAUUCACUGGAUACUUUGGAAGCGCCUAGUACUGGAACCUCCGUUCGCGGGGGUUUAACAUUAAGAGAAGGAAUUCACCUUAUGGAAAUGGUAUAUGAUACAGGUAGAUUAAGUGCAAUGGAUCUAGUAGAAGUUAAUCCAGAUCUAGGAAGUGAGCAAGAUGUUAAAAAAACUGUAGAUGCAGCAAUUCAAUUAAUAUCAGCUGCAUUUGGAAAUAACCGGCGAGGGAUGAAACUUAAAAAUGCUACAUUGCCUUUACAAACAUUCCCUCCAACACGACCUCCAAUAAUGUGAGCAACCAUGAUGUAAUGACUUUUCGAGGGAAAUACAACUGCAAAUGUAAAUACUAGCUAUCUGUACUUGGCGCAAUAAUCAAUCCAUUCAAAAAAUUGAUCAAGUUUGUCCAUUAGAACUAGAUACAUGUGGAGUACUUUGAGUAAUUACUAACUCUGUUUUCAAUAUGGCGUUUCUUUACAAUUUAUUCCUUUAUUUAUUACAAUAGUUCAAUUUUUGUAAAAAGAUGCAACACUAUCAUUCUACAACAGCUUUACAAAUUUAACACCAAAUAUAAUAAAAACGAACUAGAAACAAAGUGAAAACCGUAGGCUUGAAAAGUGUUUCCUCCAUGAGCCCAGAUAAGAGCCGUAAUUCAUCUUAUUAUGCUAAAGUUUUGAGUGUAAGCCUGGUUAUAGCAUCCCAAACAUGUUGAAUUGAGUUUUUGGCUAGACUUUGAGCAGGCAAAUUUAGUACUGGAUUUCUUUCGUACAAUUUUCGCCAUAGGUUGUCGAGCAUUAUACAAUAUAUGGCUGCCAAACUUCUCAUAUGCACCUAUCGGCUGUCAUAACCAAGUCAAAAUUUACGCUUCCCCAUCCCAUUACUGAACUGAACUAACUUAUUGUAAAAAAUAGUUUUGGAAGAAAUGUCAAUUUUUAUGUUGUUAGUUGCAGAAUAGGAAAAAGGCAACGCAACUUCUUAUUGUUUUCUACUUAGACUUACUUCACGUUCCCUUUUAAUUUUCACAAAAGUAACUUUUAUGUUUUGUUUUUUCCUUUUUUUUUUAUUGUGUAGACUCAGUUGAAAUUUUAGGAACCGCCACUACACAAAUAUUCACAUUUGCACUACCUGUGUAUGUAUGUAUAUAUCAAGCAUUACAAAGCACAUGCUUUCCUCAAUGGUAGAUUUUUUUCAACCACUAUAAUUUCAUCUUGUAAAUGUACUAAAUAAAUCAAACUAUUUUACUGAUCUUUGGAGAUCAUCUCAAAUUCCAAUAACCCUGUGACCUACCAUCCUGAACUAAAAUAAUAGUUCUCAGAUAUUGAAAUUUUAAAAUCACCAGUUGGUUAGAAACAUCAAAAAUUUAUAAUAAUUUUAUACCUAUUUAUGCAAACUAGUUAAAUUUGAGCAGUAUUAUAUCUUGAGUGAACCCGAAUGUAAAUUUUCAAAUCUCUCAAUUAGGCUAAAAUCUUCCACUUGAGAGAAUAUUGGAUUUUUUGGUUUUAUGCACCUUUUUUUGUUAGGAGUAUAUCAAAAAGAUAAAAA